GUCACUCGCAAAAAAAAACAAACAGCGCUGCCCCCAGCGGCAGAAGCCGCCCGGCCGAGUGUCCGGCGAUGUCGGAGCCCCGGAGGCUGCCGUGCCCCGAGCGCAUCGUGGACAUGGUGGGUUUCGCCUUCGGGGUGGGCUGCUGCGGCGGCUUCUGCAUGACCUUCGCCCGCAGCCUCCGGAACUUUCCCAAGGGCCACCGCCUCUCCGGCGCCUUCGCGGCUGCCCAGACCCGCGCCCCCUUGUUGGGGAGCACCUUCGCGAUGUGGUCUGGGCUCUUCCAUUCCUUCGACUGUGCCGUGUCUCAGCGACAUGCAGAUCCACAAGGCAGCCGGUCCUCCAUAGACGCCGCGUUUUGUGGAUUCCUGACGGCCGGCGUGCUGUCCAUCCGCUCCGGGCCGCGGGUGGCCUCCAUCAACGCCAUGGUGGGCGCAUGUUGCGUGGCCUUCAUCGACGUGAUCUCAGGCAAUGCGCGGCUAUGAGGCUUGCACCAACAAUGCGCUGGAGCAAAAUCGCGCUCGGAAGCCGAUUUUUGUUUGGGAUUGACCGGGCAGUCCA